AUGCUCUGCCAACAAGUGAAGUUCGAGUUCACAAUGAAGAAGACGUCGACUCUCCUCCUUCUCUACCUCUUCGGAGUUCUUGCUGUCAUGGCACUUUGUGCAUCCACAGUGGUGGCAGCCCCCCACAAGUCGGGCAGUCCAAAUGCGAAGAAGGUGCAUGAGGCGGCCCAAAAGGCGCAUGAGGAAAUGAUGGCCCAUGAGGAGAUGAUGGGCAAAAGCAUGCAUACUUCGAUGGAAGGGCACUUCAAUAUGCCAAUGCAUACAAAGAAUUUGGACGUGGCCAUGGGGAAGAAGGGCCAUGAGGCAAAAAAGGGUCAUGAGGGGAAGAAAGCACACGAGGCGAAGAAGGAACAUGACGCAAAAGGUGAGCAUGAGGAGAUGAUGGGCAAAAGCAUGCAUAAUUCAAUGGAGGAGCACUUCAAUAUGCCAAUGCAUGCAAGGAAAUCGAAUGUGCCAGUGGGGAAGAAAGGCCAUGAGGCGAAGAAGGAACAUGAAGUGAAGAAGGAACAUGAGGCGAAGGGGGAGCAUAAGGAGAAGCAUUGCGAUAAGCCAAUGCACCCAAAGAGACCGGAUGGCCCACAUGCGAAGGAGGCCUAUGAAGCGAGACUUGAAAAGUGCAAGCAAUCACCGAAGGUGGAGCAUUGUAAGAUGCUGGCUCGUUUCUUUGUCUACCACGACUGCAUGGACGCCGAGGAGUCCUGUGCCUUCGACCAUGGCAAAGAUGGCUGCAUGGAGAGAACUCUCGAGUGCAUUGAGAAUGUAGUUGGCACCGACUAG